AUGACCACUCAUGAGGGUUAUCCGCUGCCAUCUCCAAGGAGGCGUCCUUCCGCGGCCCGAUCAAACGGUGCACCAUCUGCUUCCGGUGCGACCGCGAACAAUCCGACCACCCCACCUGUACUACCGCGGAGACAACCUCAUCGUCCCUCCCCUCAUGUUGCAGAUACAUCUCCACUUGUAUGGGUGCCUUCUGCUGCGCUUUCGACCUCAACUGUCCCUAGUAUUCACACCGCUAAUGUGUUGAUUCCCCCCAACCCUCUCCGAACUGUGCAAGCCACUUCUUCCCGUACAAACCCUCCAAUUCCUCCUCUCAAACAAACGCCGCCCUUGCAACCAUCCCACUCACGUGCUCCACCUGAUUUCGGCGAAGUAACAGACCAGAAAGAUCUUGCUACUUCACAGCAAGACACACAGCGAGAUCCGCCUGUUUAUCCUUCUGACUUCUUGGACUCUCUUCAUCGCCUCGCAAACGACCAACGAAUCCCAUCACGGCACCCCUCCAGACGUCUCAUCAAGCUAUUGGAAUUCCUUAUGCGGAAUCGCAUUCCAGAUUCAAUAUCUUUUGCAGGGGACUGUUUGCGAUUGUACAACGAUGCAUACAGCCGUAAGAUGAGGACAUUGAAGGCCACUCGUGAAAGUCACCUGCCACCGCAUGGUGCAACUGUGGAGGGGGCUGGUCAAGCACAAGCCGCACCGCAAGGCGCUACCGAUGUAAAUAGUAGAGAAGUAAGAGUGGAACCGUCCCAUGAGGCACGCAAUACGCCCGAGGUCAUCACCAUACCGGGUGAGGUCCAGAGCGUACCUGUCAUCCAGAUCAAAGAAGAAUCUCCCUCUCCACGAAGAGAACCAAUUCCUAAGAUAACCAGUCCCAUGUUUUCAGGGAGAGAAAGCCUCUCUGGAGACGUAAGAGAUCGCUGGAAACAGUUAAUCAACAGCCGUAAGGGGUUUCCCCCGCGAAAUUCCGAAGAUGAUAAGUACUACUGCAUUUGGAAAGGCAAAGAUGGCACAAUUCGCCUUCCCGUUGAUUAUUGCAGGUCUUUGAAAAAGCUGCAUGACAAAAGUGGUGAACUUUGCGAGAUACAUCUGGAUGCCUUGCGGUAUCUUUGGCAUUAUAUGAUCGCUGACACCUGCGCAGGAGCCGUUUUCAAUCCACCAAUUGGCUAUCCAAGUUCCUUGUUGGUUUUAACGUUUUGCUAUCUUGUCAAUGCUCAACCUCAACAUAAGCACAAAAGAAUAGUCAUAUUUUGUCCCCGCUGUUCGGUCAAUAGAUGGAUGGCAGCAGCGAAGUGUUGUCGUGGUGUUUCCGUAUCUAUUUUGCAGUCUGGAACGUGGGCGCAAGACGCUGAGCGAUGGAACGAACAGGGCGGUGUGCUUUUGUGUCCUUUUGAUGUGUACCGUGACGUUUUGUACGCACCAUCGUCGUCAACCGAGCAGAGGGCUGCAACGAUUCGUUUGAUUUGUCGUCCAGGGCCCUCAAUCGUCAUUUUAGAUGAAGCCUCCCGCCUUCUCACAUUGCAACCGGCUCUACGACGUUCACUGAACCGAAUCAAAACGAAGUCGCGCCUCGCACUUACCAACCUACCGCGGAUCAAUAACAUGGUUCCAUUUUGGAGCAUCAUCGACUGGGCUGUGCCAGAGUUUCUUGGUUCGCUGGAAGAAUAUUUGCGAGUGUUUCUCAGUAAGUUAAUCCAUUGCAACAUGAAUACAAGAUGCCUUGGUGAAAAUCGGCAAGUAUCCCCAAUUGAAAAAGGAUUAGAGAUGAUGUUUCAAUACGUAGUUCACGAAGUGGACGGAGAAACGCUAAAUCGUGGUGUCGAGAGCAGCAGGGGUCACAAAUUGAGAGAGACCACGAUAUUUUUAAAACUUUCUCCAGCGCAUAGGGAAAUAUAUGACGACAUCGCCAAGUUGGUGCUGGCUUCGAGGAAGAAGGGUGAGCUCAGUAACUACGUGGCCAUGCACGUUCUCAUGCUCGCUUCGACUAGCAUAUUGGCAUUGCUGCAGCUCUUGUGCACGCGAUUAGAUAAUGAAGAACCACAAGACGAAAUCGCAAGAAAGGUGCCUUGUGUUCAAGCCGUCUUCAAGAAAUUGCACAAAGUGAUUCAGAAAAAAGUUACGGCUUCUAUCAAGUACGCAAAGUUUGAGGCCAUGAUCAGAAUGUGCGACGCCACAGCACAGUCGAACGGCAAGCUUGUCAUCCUUUGUGCAAUGCCCGAAGUACAAAAAGAAGUAAUUGCGGCUAUCCAAGCAAAUUGCACUGAAUGCGAAGUCUUUUUUUGUGACCUAUUGUCUGAAGAGGAGGCACGAAUUGUUCAGAUCAACAACUUUUACAACUGUACAUCCGGGGCUGUUCUACUUGCUCCUGUUGGCUUUGCCGUUGAUUUCUGUGAAGAAGCUGGCUGGGGAGCUCUUCAUUCUUCGCACAUCCUGGUGUUGGAAUCCCUGUGGAACGAAACGGCGACGUCACAGGGAAUCAACAGGGUAUAUAACUUUUCGACAGAGACGGAUAUUCACGUAUAUUUUCUAUCUGUCGUGGGUACAAUCGAUGACAUUUUGAUUGCUCGAAGGAAACGCCGUCACACACCAUCCUUGCUUCUGCCACACGUCUCAGACGCAUAUUUCGAAAAAGACGUACAAAUUCCUGGUGAAUCACUUGAGCCCGAUUACACGGAAAACUACUUGGCUGCUGUUUCAAGUCUUCCAGAAUUCCAUCGCAUAGAACGGACUUCGGGUCGACACCUUAUUGGUUCGGUGAACAGAGGUUGUAUUAGCAAGGACGAUGAAUACCGUGCAGAGCUUGACGUAGCGAAGGGGCGGAUCGAAUACUUUCAGUCUUUGCCGAAAGUGGUAGACGCCGUCCAGGAACUUUCCUACGGCGCAAACUUGUACGAAGCUUUGCGUGAUACAAGAGUGUAUCGAGCCUACAGUAUGCUCUCAUCAAAGAAUGGCCAGACUUCAAAUUCGUUUCUUUCUCUUUGGAACGAGCACUUUUGUCUCUACGAGCAGGAUCAUAUCAACGGGUGUUUUGCCCCGCUUGAAGUCCAGACGCCUGAUGGUCCUGAUGCGCAGGUCCACGGAUUUGAAAGAACCCAACCAGCAAUACCCAAUUCGGCAACCUCUUCUCCCGCUUUCACACCUCAUAAGCGAAGCAGACCUGUUGACGAUUCCGCACCCCCGCAUGGCCCGCAGCUUCUGAUGGGCAUGUCUACAUUGGAAACUGUUUUGAACGUACCAUGA